GUUCGCUUUCACACAGUGAUCACGUUUACAGCUGUUUUCUAAUCAUCUGCAUUCUGCUUUGUUCUUCUGUUUCUCCAAUAUAAAAAUUUUGUCAGCUCAUUUUAGUUUUGGCAAAUAAUUUUUUAUUCUCAACUUUUACUUUAUCAGCCUUGCCUUGUGAUUUUAGGCCUAUACUGAGUUACCGGUAUUUCAAUACUGACUGAUCUAAGCAAAAACAAUGGCCGAAACAAGUGGUAAAGUAAUUCAGUGUCGUGCUGCAGUUGCUUGGGAGCAGAAGAAGCCACUCGUUUUGGAAACGAUUGAGGUUGCGCCACCCAAGCAGGGAGAGGUGAGAAUCAAGAUCACCGACACCGCGCUCUGCCACACGGACGCCUACACUCUGAGCGGCGCAGAUCCCGAGGGAAAGUUCCCCAGCGUCCUGGGCCAUGAGGGUGCAGGCAUCGUCGAGAGUGUCGGAGAAGGAGUCACGUCGUUCCAGCCGGGAGACCACGUGGUCCCCUUGUACAUUCCGCAGUGCGGCGAGUGUAAGUUUUGCAAAUCGCCCAAAACGAAUCUAUGCGGCAAAAUCAGGACAACUCAAGGCCAAGGAGUGAUGCCUGACGGUACGUCGCGGUUCACUUGCCGAGGAAAAACCUUGUAUCACUUCAUGGGUUGUUCCACUUUUAGUGAGUACACAGUGGUAGCUGAAAUUUCAUUGUGUAAGGUGGAUGAGAAAGCCUCUCUGGGGAAAGUGUGUCUGUUGGGGUGUGGUGUUUCCACCGGCUACGGAGCUGCUCUAAAUACAGCCAAAGUUGAAAAAGGUGCAACGUGUGCUAUUUGGGGUUUGGGCGCUGUUGGAUUAGCAGCUGCGUUAGGUUGUAGGGAAGCUGGCGCAUCUCGUAUCAUAGGCGUCGAUACUAACCCGGCCAAGUUUGAAGUUGCUAAGAAGUUUGGAUGUACGGAGUUUGUGAACCCCAAAGACGUGAAAUCGACGAUCCAAGAGCACCUGAUUGAUGUGACCGAUGGUGGGUUGGACUACACGUUCGAGUGUGUUGGCAAUGUGAUGACUAUGCGGGCUGCCCUGGAGUCCUGCCACAAGGGCUGGGGAGUCUCCGUCAUCAUAGGGGUGGCUGGCGCAGGGCAGGAAAUCAGCACCCGGCCCUUCCAGCUGGUGACCGGACGCACCUGGAAGGGCACCGCCUUUGGCGGCUGGAAGAGCAAGGACAGUGUUCCAAAACUCGUCAAACUCUACUUGGAAAACAAACUUCCUCUAGAUGAUUUUGUCAGUCAUCAAAUGGCGUUCGAUAAAAUCAAUGAGGCAUUCGAACUUCUGCAUUCUGGACAGUGUAUCAGGGUUGUUUUGAACUAUUGAACAUUGUUGAGAAAAAAUCCAUUCAACAAAUAGUGUUUAUAUGUUUCUCAAAAUAAAUUAUAUAGUAAUACAUACACACAACUGCAUACGUAGAUAUAUAGACUGUUUCAAUUUUAGUAAAUGAUUGAGCAUAUAUUACUACUAUUUUUGUAAACAUUCAGCAUUUAUUAUAAUGAACCAAAUAUAUAUUAUUUUUCAAAGAAGAAACUGUUUCAUUAAUUGGAAAACAUUUUUACAAAAAAUAUCGAUCGUCAUGAGUAAUAGCCUAGCCUAGACGUCUCAAUUUUGUAUGAAGUGAGGCAUUGGAAAUAAUGAUACAUUAGGUAUCAUAUUGCAAAAAUUAAAAUAAACUAGGUAUUGAAUAAAAUAAAAUCGAACGGAACUAGUUAUGUGUUUGUGACAAGGAUCCUCGAUAAAGAAUUAAGGCAAUCAAUUUCUCUAAAAUAUUUUUAUUAUAAUCUAUUCAAACAAUCUUUGGUACAUUACACUAUGACGUCAGAAUACAUCUCAAUAUGCUUGAAAAAUAACUAUUAUCAAUAAUUGAAAAAUAAACUCUCAAUGAACAUACUUGGUCGAUUGAAAUUAAUAACAAAUAACUAGUCUACAAAUAUGAGAAUAUGCAAUUAUAAAGUGCAGU